AUGGGUGUAUCUGUUUUGACCGCCCCCAUCAGCACAGGUAAGUCGUGUUGGUCAGUUUGGCUGGUCAGUGCGUGGGUCAGUGGGCGUGGCUUAAGACAGUGUUCAGCAGUCUACAGGUCAGUCAGUGUAAGUAGCCUAGAAUAGAAAUAGUCUAAUUUGUUACCAGUUGGGUUGUUGUAUUUUCUUUUUCAUUAAAAAGCAUGAAAUGAAAUUCUCUCAUAGCAGAGUUGUUAUUUUAAGUAGAUUCUAAUUAACUUAAGUAAAUAAAGUUAAAGAAAAAAAAACGAAAAUCAAUAGCUAGUUUAAUUAGUCCUAAUUAAUCUAUAAGUCCUUUAUCCAUUAGCUUUUUAAAAACAAUUACUGUAUAUAUAAAUACAUACAGGUACACAGUCUAAAAAUAUUGGACAGCGCAGUUUUUAAAACAAUGAUGUUGGUUUGUGAGUAAAAUUAAAACUGGUGUUACAAAGUAAAGUAUUUUACUGACGGCAGCUAAUUAGCCUAUAUAAUUUUUGGGUAUAGAGAUGUAUCAUACUUAGAUAAAAGAAAGUAUAUGAAUAUUUUACUGAUUCAUCAUGGUAAACUAAGGAGAUACUCUAUUUGUUCGUUUGUUAAAACAGAGAACGGUAAAACAGUAGUCGAUACCGCCCGCGAGAACAUUACCUAAUCUAGCGGGGAACCCCCAAAUUAACAACAAAAUCGGCCCCUAUUCUACAUUACUAUUCCACCUCGUGAUGACUAAAUUUAUUAUCUUACAAAAUCCAGUUAGCUUUGCUUUCGGUAAGAAAUAAAAAUUACGUGUUCAAUUUACCAGCCGUCAGUUCGUCAUCGCCAAAAAUAGCUCGCCGCCUUCCCGUUACCGAAACCGAGCGUGCCACGCAAUGUCGGUCCGCCUAUAAAACGCCGGUGUCCGUUCGAUUGUUGUCAUUCGCUGUUCGACUACAAAAAAAGAUUGUCAUUGUUGUGUUUGAGUACCACAGUACCUCGACAUAAAAAAUUUAUUCAAUAAUUGUUUUAUUUCUAAUAUAAGUAUAUAUUUCAUCUACACAUUUCAAGCAACCAGUAUUGCAAGUUUGGCUGAUUCAGAAAUUUGAAAGAAAUGGCCAAAGUAGAUCUAGUUGCAGCUUGCGGUCAACAUUUUCAAUGCUAUCAGGGAGAUCUAAACCUCAACAAUAUCAAACUCACUGCGUCCAAUAUGAGAUGGGAAGAUAAAAGCUUCACAGUCGACUCACAAAGGGGAGCAACGAGAAAACUACAGGUGAAUUACAAACCACACCAGAGAGAGCUGUACAGCGAUGUGGAGACGACUAAGGUGUCUGAAAUCGUCACCAGUGUCAACAUAGCCACAGGUGUUGUCAUAGGCACCAACAGGAAGCUCAGACUCCCCCUGACCACCGCCCCACCCCAGGUCCGGAACGCCCUGGGGGACUUUGUGGACAUCGACCCGGGCAAACAGUUCUCUGAGAAGUCGGACAAGCUGACCUUGACCCUGGGCAGCGCCCAUCAAAUGACGUCAUUCGGGGGAGCAACUGCCGCCCAGGCAACCGUGACGGUGAAAGACGACAGAUACACUUGUAAUUUCUCGUGUACAGUGACAUGCAAAGGUACAGCUAUUCAUAACCACCACGGUGCUGUCGAACAAGAUGAAAUCGCACAAAUCAUCUUGGACUUGCAACAAACUUCCAACGUAUACUCCCAUAUCACUGUAAACACAAACAACCAAACGGGCUUGCCCGACUCUAUCAGCUUCCCUAUGACGGGACAGUGUGAGUUUAGUGGUCAGUUUGAGCAGACCAUUGACUGGCAGUAAACUUGAUUUUAUUGAAAAUUGUACAGGAAAGACUGAUAGGUUUAAAAAAAUAACUGAAUGUAUGUUUGCAUCAUAGAUUUUGUUGCUAAUUUUUAAAAAAAUGCAUUGCCCUGUUUGUAUCACACAAGGCAGUGAACUUUUUUUUUUUACCUUAAAUUAAAGAAAAGCCAAAAAAAAAAAACAACAACAGAUCUUCAUUAAUGUGUUCACUCUAGAAAAAUACAGUCAGAUAUAAAAUUAUUCGUCCAACUUUGUAAUGUGCCAUAAAUCCCAAAUUGUUGGGUUGUUUAUUUCGUGAUAAUGUAUAACAUUUUGUACAUGUAAAUAAAUGUGUAGAAAUAAAAGUGGAAAUUUUUAAAAACUUUUUAUUACAAAUAUAUGGGACAAUUCUCAUUUAAAUUUUUUUUAUCUUAAUUCAAAUCAAAAUGUUUGUUAGUUUUAAAAAAUAUAGCUAAAUUUUUAUUUUACGGCAAGAAAGUAAGUGAUUUUAAAUUAACAAUAGAAAAUCUUAUUUAUGUUGUAUUUGUUUCCAAUUGUUUUAGAAAUGUUUUAGUUGUAAAAAAAAAUAAAGUGUUGGUUGUAUUGGAAUACAUAAAUAAAAUAUUAUUUCACAAAUUGGAAAAAAAAAUUACAUUUUUAAAGACGUAUUAUAUUCAAUUACUAGAAUACAUGAAUAAUGUAUAUUCAAUAUCUGGUGAAUUUUGUUAUGUGAAUUUUGUUUUUCAAAAUAAAAAUGUUGAAACCUUAA